AAGAAGAAAGAAUCCGAAGCUUCUUCUUCUUCUACCUGGAUCCAGGUACUAAGGUGUGAGUGAAUCAUUUUCUCCGAGUCCAGUUCCUCAUAGAACGGUGUCGUUCUGAUCUUGAUGUGUUGUGUUGUGUACCACCGCCGUUUAUUUCUGUUGGGUCAAAGUCGUGGUUCCGAAUCGUCCGUGACACGUUGUUUUCUCAACAAUCCUAACUUCCUAUAAUUCAUCUCUCCGUCUCUCGUGCUUCGCUGCCACGGUGGCUCUUCCGCAUUCAGCCACCGCCACCGCCACAGUUUCAGCCGGAGAAUACUAAAUUUAAUGGAUAAUUCGGUUUUCAACAGAGAUGGUCACUUUACCCGAACAUACUCCUCCCAUUCUUUCUCUUCUCAGAGGGAUGUCCGUUACAGCUGUGGCAGCUGUGGUUAUGAGCUAAACCUUUCCUCCUCGAACCGGAACACCUCAUCCAUUGGAUCUAAAUAUGGGAAGUCUAUAAAGCGAGGUAUUAUAUCAUUCUUCAAUAUUGAUGACAGCAGAUUUACCCAGGUUGAUGAAAUUCAGUGUAUGCCCCAUUUUAAUAAGCACUCAUGGGGUUUGUUCCGUCGAAGAACUAAGCUUCUUUGUCGCAAGUGUGGCAACCAUAUUGGAAAUGCAUACAAUGGUUACACUUCAUUCUUCCCCCUUGUGUCAAAUGGAGCAGAAGCGGCCAGUCAUACAAAGUAUGACGUUCGCAUUCGUGCUUUACAGCCUUCAUCUUCUGAAGAACCUGAAAUCCCUGUGUGUGCUUGAGAUACUUGGUAAAAAUUGUACUCUGUUCCUUCCUACAUAAGUACUUUCCGGCAACAUGGAGGUUGGAAGUUCAUUAAUAUAUAUACAGAGUUCUGGUUUGGCAAGGUUUUUGUAUUUCCCCUCAUCAAAAUGUGAUUAAUAGCCGCAUGUAAUAGUUGUAAGAAUUAAAUUAAAAAUAAUUACAGGUGUGGGAUUUUGUGGAGUUAAUUAAAUUGGCAAAUGUGUUACUGGGGAGAAAAUAGAAACUAAGAGGAAAAGGAAAGAAAAGCUAUUUUUAAAUGAAUUGUUUGAUUAAUGUGGUA